AUGUCAACAUCCGUAGCUGAUGUCCGUUCGGCGAGCCGUCAGGUCCGUCUGCACGUGAGCGCGCUGCGUCAUGCGAGUCCCGAAAAGCACGUCCGCGAUGGGACGUGGAAGCUUCCCGCCAACCCGGAUGUAAAAAAGGCUCCGAGGCGAAUUGCGUGCGUGGGGCUGAGCCGUGUGGAGGUUAACUCCCGAACCUCGGACCGCGAGUGCGGGUGUGGACCCUGGAUCCAAUACCCACCCGCACUUGUCGCUCUACCACCACCUCUUGUCUUUUCCAACUACAUCACCAUGAGCGAGCACGAGUACAAGUUCGACGUGGUCAUGACGUGUUCCGGCUGCUCCGGUGCCGUCGAGCGCGUUCUCUCCAAACUCCAAGGCGUGGACUCGUACGAUGUCUCGCUCGAGUCGCAGUCGGUCGUCGUGCGCGGCUCGGCCCCUUUCGAUACCGUGCUCGAGAAGAUCAAGAAGACCGGCAAGGAGGUCAAGUCCAGCCAGGUCGUCCGAUAG